AGAAAGUUGCCAUUGAGGUAAAGCGGAGGUUUGAUACGAGAGCUCUUGUGCCGCUGCGGGGAUUUUCGCUUUAAACCAGCGAUAUAUUUACUUCUCUUUCCCUCACAUCCAAAUGGACUCUAUAUUCCUCGGAAACUCGAUGAGGAAACACAGAUUUAAGAUGUUUUGACUUUGCAACCGACAAGUAGAGACCUCGGCGAGUCAAGUGGGAACUCUUCCCAGAAAUUAACUUCCGUGGAUAUAUGUUUUUGAUGUUAUGACAGGGAAACGGCAGUUUGCGGCUCCGUGGGUUGUUGUUCUUUUCGUCUGACUGUUUUGUGGCUUCUUUCUACCUGGAAUUACCCUUGAGCCAUUAGGGGAGUCGGUGAGGCUGUUUCUCCUUUCUUCCCCACCUGGCAGUUACCCCCGCACAGGAAGAGACGAGGACCUGGAGACGUCCACUAAACAGUCUGUAAUCCCAACCAGAACGUCGUAAAUAAAGCGGAUGGAUUUAUUUCCUUGAUCGGGAGCUUUAUUUACACCCUGUUGUUCGUUUGGUUCCUCAUUAACGGGGUUUGAGGCAUCCCUGCCCCCCCAGGAGAGAGAAGAUGUUUCCCCAGGGGCGACACCCGACGCCCCAUCAAGCUCCAGGCCAGCCCUUCAAGUUCACCAUUCCAGAGUCACUGGACCGGAUAAAGGAGGAGUUCCAGUUUCUUCAAGCACAAUACCACAGUCUUAAGUUAGAGUGUGAGAAGCUGGCCAGUGAAAAGACAGAGAUGCAGAGACACUAUGUCAUGUACUAUGAGAUGUCCUAUGGCCUCAACAUUGAAAUGCAUAAACAGACCGAGAUUGCAAAGAGACUAAACACCAUCUGUGCACAAGUCAUUCCCUUCCUCUCACAGGAGCAUCAGCAGCAGGUGGUUCAAGCCGUGGAGCGGGCUAAACAGGUGACCAUGGCAGAGCUGAAUGCCGUCAUCGGGGUACGUGGACUGCCAGGUCUUCCACCUACACAGCAGCAUCUAUCUCAUAACCAUGGAGGUGCCCCUGUUCCCCUCACCCCUCAUCCCGCCGGCCUCCAUCCAUCUCAGCUGGGUGGUUCAGCAAGUCUUCUGGCGCUGUCAGGAGCUCUUGGUGCUGUUCCUCCCCAUCUGGCAGGAAAGGAAGGUGGUGACAAAAAACCUCACCUUGGUGGUACAGACUCUCAUGCUGCAGGACCCGAUCACCUCAGAGAGCGAGAACCUGGCACCAGCAACUCUUUGCUUCCGGAAAGUCUAAGAAACUCUGAUAAACGGCGCAACGGUCCGGACUUCCCAAAUGAUACCAAGAAACGCAAAGUGGAAGAUAAGGAUUCCAGCCACUAUGAUAGUGAUGGAGAGAAAAGUGAUGACAACUUAGUCGUCGACGUUUCCAAUGAGGAUGCAGCCUCCCCUCGUGGCACACCGCUUCCAUCCCCGAGAGAAAACGGCCUGGAUAAGGCCCGUCUUCUCAAAAAGGAUCCAUGUAGUCCUGCUUCUACUGCUUCGUCGGCCAGCUCCUCAUCUCUGAAGUCCAAAGAGAUGACGAUGCGAGAUAAGGCAGGUACGCCUGGUUUGAAGUCGAGCACUCCCACACCUAGAGGUGACUCUACCCCUGGUCCUAGUUCCACUCCUGGGGUCAGACCGAGCUUAUCGAAACCUCCAUCCAUGGAGAUACCCCAUCCACCAACUGCAGGUCUGCGGACUCCGCUGGCUGUUCCUGGUCCGUAUCCGGGGGCCUUUGGGAUGCUGCCCCAUGCAGCAGGAAUGAAUGGAGAGCUAGCUGGUGCAGCUGGCGCUGCUGCAUAUGCUGCAGGACUGCACAACAUGUCGCCUCAGAUGAGUGCCGCUGCUGCAGCUGCUGUAGCAGCAUAUGGCCGUUCACCUAUGGUUGGGUUUGAUCCUCACCCUCACAUGCGAGUACCCGGAAUGCCUCCUAGUCUUACAGGAAUUCCUGGUGGAAAGCCUGCAUACUCCUUUCAUGUUGCAGCAGAUGGACAGAUGCAGCCAGUUCCUUUUCCUCCAGAUGCUUUAGUGGGACCAGGAAUCCCUCGUCAUGCCCGCCAGAUCAACACGCUGAACCAUGGUGAGGUGGUCUGCGCUGUCACCAUCAGUAAUCCCACCCGCCAUGUUUACACGGGGGGAAAGGGAUGUGUUAAAGUCUGGGAUAUAAGUCAUCCUGGAAAUAAAAGCCCCGUCUCACAACUUGAUUGCUUGAACCGGGACAAUUACAUCCGCUCAUGCCGUCUCCUUCCUGACGGUCGAACGUUGAUCGUUGGGGGUGAGGCAAGCACGUUGUCCAUCUGGGACUUGGCCACACCCACUCCCAGGAUUAAAGCAGAGCUGACAUCCUCGGCACCUGCGUGCUACGCUCUGGCCAUCAGUCCCGAUUCCAAGGUCUGCUUCUCCUGCUGUAGUGAUGGAAACAUCGCAGUCUGGGAUUUACACAACCAGACACUUGUUAGGCAGUUUCAGGGUCACACAGAUGGAGCCAGCUGCAUCGAUAUCUCUAACGAUGGUACAAAGCUAUGGACAGGAGGUCUGGAUAAUACUGUUCGCUCUUGGGAUCUCAGGGAGGGACGGCAGCUGCAGCAGCACGACUUUACCUCUCAGAUCUUCUCUCUUGGCUACUGUCCGACGGGAGAAUGGCUAGCUGUUGGUAUGGAGAGCAGCAACGUCGAGGUCCUUCAUGUCACUAAGCCUGACAAAUACCAGCUACACCUUCAUGAGAGCUGUGUCCUGUCCCUGCAGUUUGCUUACUGUGGGAAAUGGUUUGUGAGUACAGGAAAGGACAACCUACUGAAUGCAUGGAGAACACCAUACGGAGCCAGCAUUUUCCAGUCUAAAGAAUCCUCCUCUGUGCUAAGCUGUGACAUUUCUGUGGACGACAAAUACAUUGUUACUGGAUCAGGAGACAAGAAGGCCACUGUUUAUGAAGUAAUCUACUGAAAAUCAAGUACCUGGACUACCUGGACUCAUGUUGGGGGCUUGCACAUUUUUUUUUUCUGUUCCAUCUACUGAAAAGACACAGAAGGUGUUUUACCUGCAGAUAUAUAUUGUGCCUGUGAACAUGCCUUUAUAACCACUGAGAGGUUGCUGGUGGAGGAUGAGGAACCACAGCGAUGUCAGUAAUUGCUGCUUUUCAUGGUGGACCGGCAGCUGUCUGGUGACCAAAUGGGGGGCUCUUUCUCUCCUUAUCCAAGUCUUCCGAUGAGCACUAAAUUUACUCUACCAGUCGGAGGGGAAACAUGCUUGAACUGGCCUCUGGUGUUUAAUAUGUUUAAAAAACCCUCAGUGGAUGGAAAUGAGCAGGACACAACAGACAGACGAACAGCUUUUCAGUGUGAACAAUAUAUGCUGUUUAGCAUGGUUCUUCAGAGAUCAGUCUGUUCUUUCAAAGUUGUCUUUGAUGACUUCUGAUCCCCAGUUUGCGCCUCUGAUACACCUACACAGUCUGAGAAUACAUGUCUCUUCGUCUUAACAGUAACUCAUGCUCUUAUUAACUGCACUGUAUCUGUCCACCUACACACUGAACUUCUGAUGCUAAAAAUGCCUAAAUUGAAUGCUUUGGUUAGUUUAACACCAUGAUCCUGCAAACAGUUUGGUGCAGGGAAAAAUCUUAACAGUUACCGUUGUGUGAAGAUUUUCCUUUGAUACUGUUUUAAAAGAACGCUUGAUGGAAACCUGAGAGUUUAAAGGAUUUAAUUAAUAAUCAUCAUAUUCCAAUAAUGCCCUUGUUCAUGGUAUACAUAAAAAACAAAAACACUUUCUACCUUACAUGUUCACUCUGCAGGGCUACGUACAAACUGAUGUCUUGUUAUUUUCCAGACUGUGCUGCAUUUGAGCUGAAGAGUCCUCAGGUCUGUUCUGUUUAAACCCAUCCUCAUCCUGCCUUUAUCUUUAAAACACUCGAUGUCUUAUUGUUUGAAUAGUUUACAUUUUGUAAACUGGAGCAAACUGUGGCUAUUUUGUCAACUGGGUUAAUCUUCCUGUGUUGGGUAUUUCUGGUUUAAAAAAAAAAAAAGACAAUGAAUAGAGAAUAAAUGAAGCAUUGCUGUCA